AUGUGGGAGGCACGCUUAUCCUCCUUUUGGAGAGCUGUUUUUGCCGAGUUCUUCGGGACUAUGUUCUAUGUGUUUUUUGGGCUGGGGGCUUCCCUCCGCUGGAUUGUUGGCCCCUCAAAUGUUCUACAGGUGGCCCUGGCUUUUGGCUUGGUGGCAGCGACCAUGGUGCAGUCUCUAGGCCAUGUAAGCGGUGCCCACAUCAACCCAGCUGUUACCAUGGCUUUUCUGUUGGGCUCACAGCUUUCCCUCUUCCGUGCUGUCUUCUACGUGGUGGCCCAGGUGUUGGGAGGACUGGCCGGUGCAGCUGUGCUUUAUGGAGUCACCCCGGCAGCACUACGGGGUAACCUGGCACUCAACACGAUCCACCCUAGUGUAAACGUAAGCCAAGCUACCAUUGUGGAAAUCAUCCUGACCCUACAGUUUGUCCUCUGUGUCUUUGCCACCUACGAUGAGAGACGUAAUGGACGCAUGGGAUCGGUGGCCCUGGCAGUUGGAUUCUCCCUCACACUUGGACACCUCUUUGGGAUGUACUACACAGGAGCUGGCAUGAAUCCUGCCCGAUCCUUUGCCCCAGCUGUCAUUACCCGUAACUUCACCAACCACUGGGUAUAUUGGGUUGGACCAAUUAUUGGUGGUUUGAUGGGUGGCUUUUUGUACGACUUCAUCUUAUUCCCUCGGAUGCGUAGUAUCUCAGAACGUCUGUCUAUUCUCAAAGGUGACCGGCCUGUUGCAACCAAUACAUCCAGAGAACCUCCAGGGGAUCCUAUUGAGCUGAAGACACAAGCACUAUAA